AUGAAAGUGAUGAUCUCGGUUGAUGGAAACGAAUGCACUUACCGUAAGUCCUUGUUGAUCAUGUUGUCUCACUAGAGAAACGAAGCACGAUGAUGAGCUUAAGACAAUGUUUCUUUCAGUUUCUGAUGAGCUCGAAGAACACAAGCAAAACAGUUUAUUUUUGAGUCUUAUCAGUUGAUUCGAUUCAACCAACAAUCACAGUAUGAUGACGCGUUGAUCUUUGGAACGAGACGAGUAUAAAAACGGAGGUGCGCACGCGAUAUUCAGUUUGAUUCCGGCGGAAAGAAUCGAAGCGGCUGCCGAAAUGUCGGAAGAGGACAUCGAGAGUGAGUCCAUAAUAGCACGUCUCUUCUGACAUACAAUAUUCACAGCUGCCAGAACAGCUAUCAAGAACGCGACGUCUGCCACGCUUGACAUCGCGACUACCGUAGUGUUCGCCACCGGAAAACUGUCGCCGCAAGUGGCCGCAGUCAUUGGAGUCGGCGCUGUUAUGAAGAACUUGAUAAUAGCAACCGAUGACGAUGCGAACAAAAAAGUGUUGGAAAACUUGGAUGAACUGAAGAAUUCACUGCAAGACGUGAGUUUGCUUUUGAACUAUUUUUUAUGCCGGUGUCCAAAGUCUCGGAAAACGCGCAAAUCUCGCUGAAUUUGCAGUCCAAAGUCGGCAGAAAUUUGCGGGAAAUCCGGGGUGCGCACAGCUGAACGAGUGUUACCGUACACCAUAAAACUACGGUAUUUUUUGAAAAUUUACCCAAGAAAUUUCAAAAAUUUCAAAUAUUCUCGAGAAAUUUAAAUUUUUUAAAAAAAAUAUCGUUGAAAAUGUACCCAAGAAAUUUUUAAAAAAAAUUCAAAUAUUCUCGAGAAAUUUAAAUUUUUUUAAAAAAAUACCGUUAAAAAAAUUUACCCAAGAAAUUUAAAAAAAUAGCAAAUAUUCUCGAGAAAUUUAAUUUUUUUCAAAAAAACCGUUGAAAAAUUUACCCAAGAAAUUUAAAAAAAUAGCAAAGAUUCUCGAUAAAUUUAAUUUUUUUCAAAAAAAUACCGUUGAAAAUUUUUUCCAAAAAUACCGUUGAAAAAUUUUUUUCCAAAAAAAUACCGUUGAAAAAAAUUGCAAAUAUUCUCGAGAAAUUUAAAUUUUUUCAAAAAAAACCGUUGAAAAUUUUUUCCAAAAAUACCGUUGAAAAAAAUUGCAAAUAUUGUCGACAAAUUUUUUUCAAAAAAAAUACCGUUGAAAAAUUAACCCAAGAAAUUUGAAAAAAAUUGCAAAUAUUCUCGAGAAAUUUAAAUUUUUUCAAAAAAUACCGUCGAAAAUUUACCCAAAAAAUUUGAAAAAUUGCAAAUAUUGUCGAGAAAUUUAAAUUUUUUCAAAAAAUACCGUAGUUUUAUGGUGUACGGUAACACUCGUUCAGCUGUGCGCACCCCGGAUUUCCCGCAAAUUUCUGCCGAUUUUGGACUGCAAAAUCCGCGAGAUUUGCGCGUUUUCCGAGACUUUGGACGCGGCAUUAGUAAUAUUGUAUCUUUUCAGCUCAAUAACACAAUCUCGAAUCAUUUCAACGACUUGAAGGCGUUCCUUGUGGCUCACACGUUUUACAAAGUAACGACACGUGUUCACAGCUCGAAAAUCCAAUAAAUAUUCGACAGGAAUACUCACUCGACGCCGCCGUUUACUUCAAAGCUAUGGUAAGAGUGAUUGAAGCGAAGAAUGAGAAUCAGAAGAAAGGCAGCGAAGAAGUUCUCCGAAAAAAAAUCGAGGGGACGUCUCCGUUGGACUUGUCCAGAGUAAGUUGGACCGCUAAACGCAAUCAAUUUUUCACGUUUUAGAAACUAACAGAAUUGUUGAACACCGACGAAACGAAUCCAUUGAAAAUGGGAAUGAAUGGCGACGCGCUGAUGAGCAAGGCUACCUUCAAAAAGUGGGUCGACGCGAUUCAAAUGGUUCACAUUCAACUGGUACGUUCUUGCCAAAAACAAAAAAAACGAAAGCAUUAUGAAUGCAUCCGCGUGUGUUUCAGUGGUUUGUGGAGGCGUUCGCCAGCGGAUUCUUAAAUGACGGCAAUCCGUACAACGCUGACGAAGUCGAAAAAGAGCUGGACGUUUUUCGUGAGAAGGCUGAUGAAUGGAAGACAGAUUAUUUGGUAGGUUGACAACGAGAUCUUUAACUGAAUUUAUACAGCCGAAGUCUCGCAAAAAAAGCCGCAAAUCUCGCGGAUUUCGCAGUCCAAAAUCGGCAGAAAAUUGCUGGAAAUCCGGGGUGCGCACAGCUGAACGACUGUUACCGUACAUCAUAAAAUUACGGUAUUUUUUGUAAAUUUACCCAAGAAAUUUGAAAAAUUUCAAAUAUUAUCGAGAAGUUCAAAUUUAAAAAAAUAUCGUUGAAAAUUUACCCAAGAAAUUUAAAAAACUUCAAAUAUUCUCGAGAAAUUUAAAUUAAAAAAAAUAUCGUGAACGAGUGUUACCGUACACCAUAAAACUACGGUAUUUUUUUGAAAAAAAUUUAAAUUUCUCGAGAAUAUUGAAAUUUUUCUAAAUUUCUUGAGUAAAAUUUUCAAAAAGUAUUUUUGAAAAAAAUUUAAAUUUCUCGAGAGUAUUUGCAAUUUUUUUCAAAUUUCCUGGGUAAAUUUUUCAACGGUAUUUUUUUGAAAAAAAAUUUAAAUUUCUCGAGAAUAUUUUCAACGGUAUUUUUUUGAAAAAAAUUUAAAUUUCUCGAAAAUAUUUGCAAUUUUUUUAAAUUUCUUGGGUAAAUUUUUCAACGGUAUUUUUAAUUUAAAUUUCUCGAGAAUAUUUGAAAUUUUUUUAAUUUCUUGGGUAAAUUUUUCAAAAAAAAUACCGUAGUUUCAUGGUGUACGGUAACACUCGUUCAGCUGUGCGCCCCCCGGAUUUCCCGCAAUUUUCUGCCGAUUUUGGACUGCAAAACCCGCGAGAUUUGCGGCUUUUCCGAGACUUUGGACGCGGCAUAUUUACAUCUUUCAGAACAAUGCAUACUUUUUCCCGGAUAAACUGCAAACGGUUGUUGCGGAGAUUCAAGUGAAACAUGCUUCGAAGAGCAACGAGGAAAAGGCGGAGAAGAUCAGAAUCAAGCUUGAGACGACUCUCACAGAGUAAGGCAACUCAUUGUCAGCCAAAAGACAAGCUCUUCUUCCAGUGACAUUUUCUACAUACUCGUGUUUCCAACCGGCGCGAAUCACUUCAAAUACGCGAACAAAGACGAUCAGUACUUUGUGUCUUCGAACCGUGGAGGCACCGACGUCAUCAUCUACCGAAGCAAGGCCGCCACCGAAGAACUGCGAGAUGCGAUUGAGAAGGAUGUGGAGAAGUAUAGAAAGUUCCCAAUUGCAUCGCUGAGUCGAUGGCUCAACGAUGACGACGUCAAAGUAUGGGCGACGACAGACGGAGAAAUCGAAAACACUGGCUUAAUUGUGGUGGUGGAGCCUGACGAGAAGGUGGCGAUCAAAUCGACGAACACGGCCAAGUUCGAGUGGGGACCCGGAUGGUGGAUUCGCACUUUUACGAUAGGAAAAUACAGAACGUUCUACUUGCUUGCCGCAUGCCCAUAA